AUGUCUAAAACAGAGUAUAACGAAUCGACGACGGUCGAAGUCAAGUCCGAGGCUAUCCAGUAUGCGGACGAACCGGUACAGUUGGAGUGGACGGAAGAGGAAGAACAGAUCAUCAAGCGUAAGCUCGACUGGCACACUGUCCCACUGGUGACAACCUUAUAUCUUCUCUGCUUUUUGGAUCGAGCGAACAUUGGAAAUGCCAGGAUCCAGGGCAUGGCCAAAGAUGUUAACCUCGAAGGGUACCGAUUCAACUGGGCUCUGUCAAUAUUCUACAUCAUCUACCUUCUCGUCGAAGUACCGAGCAACAUUAUUCUCAAACGCGUUGGCCCGCGAUUCUACCUGCCAUUUCUCGUCGUUGGCUUCGGUCUCGUCUCACUCUGCACAGCUUUCGUACGCUCAUAUGAAGGACUGAUUGUUGCCCGCGCCUUCCUGGGCAUUUUUGAAGGUGGUGCCAUGCCAGGGUUCUCCUUCUUUCUGAGCAGCUUCUACAAGAGAGAAGAACUCUUGUUCCGGCUGGGAAUCUUCAUUUCAGCAGCGUCAUUAGCUGGCGCAUUCGGCGGUCUGCUUGCCACUGGUCUCUCUCGCAUUCCGGAAUGGGGGUUCGACAGCGCACCUAUCCACACAUGGCGAAACAUAUUCUUCUUCGAGGGAUUCGUCACAAUUCUCUUCGGAGGGUUUGCACCUCUUUGGAUGCCCACAAGUCCCGCUACCGCUUAUUUCCUCGAUGAAAGACAACGAGAAAUUGCGGCAGAGCGUCUACAACGCCAGCACAAGGCCGAUGUUGAUCAGAAAGUUACUCUUUCCGACGUGAAGCGAGCCGUGUUUUGCAUCCACAACUAUACGUGCGCUUUCGGCUUUUUCCUCAUCAAUAUUACCGUCCAGGGAAUUUCGGUAUUCAUGCCGACCAUUCUUGCAGACUUGGGCUGGACCGCGACGCGAGCGCAGUUAUACUCUGUACCGCCCUACGUUGUGGCUGCUAUCACAGCCAUUAUCAUUGCGUGGUUCAGUGACCGAACACGUCAGCGCGGUAUUUACCUUGCCGUGUUUUCGAUGAUUGCUGUUAUUGGUUUUGCUAUCUUGCGGUUUGCGACUGAGGCUAACAUUAGAUAUAUGGGCGUAUUUUUUGUCACGGCAGGUGCUUUUCCAGGUGGUCCCGGAUUUUUGAGUUGGGCAAUGAACAACUCGGCAGGCCCUUCCGUACGCGCAGUCACCAGUGCCUAUGUUGUCUCCAUUGGCACCAUGGGUGGAAUCGUUGCAACGUGGACCUACACUUUCAAAGACGCCCCGAAGUAUUUCACUGGACAUACGAUCAAUCUUGUCGGACAAAGUCUAACAGUCCUGUUGGCGGUGUUUGGCAUAUUCUACUGCUUAUAUGAGAACAAAGCAAGAGCUUCUGGAAAGAGAGAUCACCGCCUGGAUGGACGGACAGAAGUUGAACAGAGUCAACUUGGUUACAGACACCCGUCAUUCCGCUACAUGUCCUAAGGUUCUCAGCAUAGGUAGUUUAGCGGUCGAGUGUCCAAUCUAAAGUCGACCC